UAUAAAGGUAAUUCAGAAGGUACUUUACAGACGGUCCCUAAGUAGGUCGGCUGGGAGCAAGUAGACGGGCCAUCUGUUUGUACACUGUCUGCAAACACGGGGUGAAACCGGCCGCAUUAAAAAAAAUGAAUAUCUGUCGAAUAUCCGAAUAUCAAACUAACUUCACCUCGGUAUGCAGCGCCCUCACAUGAAAUCUGAGGAGGAACUGCAUCCAGUCUAGAAACAGGAAGUAACCAGACAGUGCCAAUUCUCUCUGGUUUGAACAACUUUUAUGACGUGACGUUUCUUGGGCAUUUAGCUUUCCUAUCAUGUCACCAUAGCGUUGUAUGCGCAAUGCCCAUUUGGCUAUGGCUCAAAGUGUUGUUUUACUUUAAAAAGGGCAGCACAAGUGGAUAUAGUGCGACUGCUUCCCCAAAACAAUUGCUCCAUAACUGGAUUUAAUCGUUUGAUAUGUGGAUAACUUUAAGGGGACUAAACAAAUAAAAGAAUGGGAAACGCUGCCCUUAGCAUUCACCACCCCACCAGUCUGGAGCAUGACAUCCCUUACCUGGAGCACGGAAAGGUGGUGGACUCGACCGCCAGCACGCUCUGCCUGGAGAAGAGUGGUGGUGCGGUAGUGGGGUGUGGAGGCCGAGUCGUCUUCAAGAAGACCGCAUCUGACAGCCAGUGGACGUACAGGGCUUCCGAACGGAUCUCAGACUGUAAAAUCGGCGACGAAAUAACCGUCCUCGCAUCGGACCAAGCGGAGGCGGACACUCAGAUAGCGGCGAGGUUUGGCAUGUCGUUGUCUGAAGUGCGGGAGAGUGUGACUCUUAUCAAAAGCACGAUUGGUGAUUCUAGCGCCUACUCGGAGCUCUACUGCUAUGUUGAUUACAAUGUGAAGAGCAGCGGGAGGCACGAGUGGACGAGGAACGACCUGUACCUCAAGGCUACGCACCGCUGGGCCGAGAGCUCGGAGAUGGUCAUCGAUAUUACUUUCCUGACUGAGGAGGAGAAAGAGAUCGAGAAAGAGAAGCAAAAGGAGAUGGCUGAAACGAUGAGAAAUGUGAUAUUUAUGUUCGGAAAUAAUACGACUGAUGUAACUAGAAAAACAUGAUAUUUCAAACACUGUAAAAGGGUUUGAACAUUCAACAACAACUGUAGUAUUUUUAAUAUUGUAGAAAAACUAGUAUUCUUUUUCCUCGAGCAUGAAAAUAAAAUUUGUGCCAUAACUUUGAAACUGCAAAAUGCAUGCUUCGUAUCCAAAUGUCUAGCCUAUUAGGCUUUGAAGACAGAGCAGCUUAUUUUCUUGCAUGCUUCAUAUGGGCUCUGGGCUUGCUUGUCCUCUGAGUUCGCUAUGCACCUGAAACCGGUCUUUACUACAUUUGUUCUACAAUAUUAACUGAAAUUACAGUAUGUAAGUAACAUACAGUAGGCAAGAGCAAUGUGUUUAUCAACAUUUUCCUUAGCCUAUCGUUUCUGUUUUACAAUGUUAACUGAAAUUACAGUAUGUAAGUAACAUAGGCAAGUAGCAAUGUGUUUAUCAACAUUUUCCUUAGCAUAUCAUUUCUGUUUUGUUUCGAUGCUUAAUGAGAAUGUUACAUGUCACGCAAAUGACAGGAUGCCUAAACACUCUAAUUGAGUACUAUAUGAGUUUAGCUUUUCCUGUGUAGCCCGUGGCUUACAAUACUUUAUCAAUGUGUGACCUGCAGCUUAGGAUACUUUAUCAAUGUGUGGCCUGCGUCUUACAAUACUUUAUUAAUGUGUGGCCCGCGGCUUACAAUACUUUAUCAAUGUGUGGCCUGCAACGGAAGUGACAUUACCCAACAUCGCUUACAGCACCAUUAAUAUUCUAUGAAGAUCUGUCUGGACCUGUAUGGGGACUAACAAUACCUUUAAUAGUCUAUACAGAUCUGUAUGGAGACUAACUAUGCCUUUAAUAGUCUAUAAAGAUCUGUAUGGAGACUAACUACACCUUUAAUAGUCUAUAAAGAUCUGUAUGGACCUGUAUGGAGACUAACUA